GGCUCGUGGCCCUAGGCGCGGCAGCUGAUACGUAAGCCUCGUCGCCCGACGUUGUUUCGGCGCUCAGAAACAACGUAAGUAAAGGGGGUGGGACGGCGUUUUACAAACCGGACCGUGAAUCUUUGCGGUUUCUCUUUCCAGCUCAGCGCCGAGCGAUGGGCAUCUCUCGGGACAACUGGCACAAGCGCCGCAAAACCGGGGGCAAGAGAAAGCCCUACCACAAGAAACGGAAGUAUGAGUUGGGGCGCCCAGCUGCCAACACCAAGAUUGGCCCCCGCCGCAUCCACACAGUCCGUGUGCGGGGAGGUAACAAGAAAUACCGUGCCCUGAGGUUGGACGUGGGGAAUUUCUCCUGGGGCUCAGAGUGUUGUACUCGUAAAACAAGGAUCAUCGAUGUUGUCUACAAUGCAUCUAAUAACGAGCUGGUUCGUACCAAGACCCUGGUGAAGAAUUGCAUCGUGCUCAUCGACAGCACACCGUACCGACAGUGGUACGAGUCCCACUAUGCGCUGCCCCUGGGCCGCAAGAAGGGAGCCAAGCUGACUCCUGAGGAAGAAGAGAUUUUAAACAAAAAACGAUCUAAAAAAAUUCAGAAGAAAUAUGAUGAAAGGAAAAAGAAUGCCAAAAUCAGCAGUCUCCUGGAGGAGCAGUUCCAGCAGGGCAAGCUUCUUGCGUGCAUCGCUUCAAGGCCUGGACAGUGUGGCCGAGCAGAUGGCUAUGUGCUAGAGGGCAAAGAGUUGGAGUUCUAUCUUAGGAAAAUCAAGGCCCGGAAAGGCAAAUAAAUCCUUGUUUUGUCUUCACCCAUGUAAUAAAGGUGUUUAUUGUUUUGUUCCCACA